AUGACUGUAUUUGCCUAUAUUGCAACAUUCUUUACUUUUUGUGCGCUUUUGCUAGAGGUCUUUACACUACUUGGAAAUACUCACAACCAGCCAUUUCUAAAAAGCCUUUACUUCGCUCGGUUAACCUUGCCAGAUCAAUUUAUACAAUUCGGCCUUUGGAAUUAUUGUAUCGGAAAUGGCAAUGAGGUGACACACUGCAGUUCUCCUGUUGCUGCCUUUGAUUGGACCAAAGCAGAUGAAUUAUCAAAUAUAGCCGACGCCUUGCAUGGAAUGAGCAAUCUGUUUCUAGUAAUCUUCAUCCUUUACUGGGUAACAUUUGGUCUCACUCUGUUUGCAAUAACCAUAACCAUCCUAUCACACUUCCGUCGUGGACCUGAUUUUUUGGCCUCGUUUUCUACAUUUCUUUCCUUUCUACUGAUGUUAGUCAUAUUUAUUAUGACAUUGGUAGUCUCAUUACGCGGUAUCAACGAAGCCAAAGGGAUGGAUAAAAAUGCCUCAGGUAAUCUGGGACCAUCCACAUGGAUGACACUUGGGGCAUUUGCUGGACUCAUGCUUGCAUCUCUUAUGUACUGCGUUACUUGCAUAUUUGGACCGGGCAAACAUGUGCGUGAAAUAGAGGAAGCUUAA